AUGAGCGGAAGAGGCAAAACCGGCGGUAAGGCCAGAGCUAAGGCCAAGACCCGUUCAUCCCGUGCCGGACUCCAGUUCCCCGUGGGUCGUGUCCACAGACUCCUUCGUAAAGGAAACUACGCUGAGCGUGUGGGAGCCGGAGCCCCUGUCUACCUGGCUGCCGUCCUCGAGUACCUGACCGCUGAGAUCCUGGAGUUGGCCGGAAACGCCGCCCGUGACAACAAGAAGACCCGUAUCAUCCCCCGUCACCUGCAGCUGGCUGUCCGCAACGACGAGGAGCUCAACAAGCUGCUGGGCGGAGUGACCAUCGCUCAGGGAGGAGUGCUGCCCAACAUCCAGGCUGUGCUGCUGCCCAAGAAGACCGAGAAGCCCGCCAAGAAGUAA